AUGGGGACUAAACGCAAAACAAACCCACCCAGGCACCCACCAAACCCUUCACUGCUGCAAUUUAUUUCUGCCGUAGACUUGGGUUUCUGUGUGUUGACAAUGAUUUUUAAACUGGGUCUUCAACCUAACGCUUAUACCAUGAAUACUCUUCUUCUUGGAAUUUGCAACGAAAGUAAGAUGAAUGAAGCCUUGGAAUUGUUUCAGAAAGUAGUGGAGAAUGGAUAUUCAUGUGAUCAAUGCACGUACAGUAUUAUUAUCAGGGGGCUUUGCAGAUCGGGGCAAACUUGUCUUGCCCUUGAUAUUCUGACAGAGAUGAAUGAAAAUAGAAGUUUCAAACCUGAUGUAGUAUGUUACGGGACAAUUAUUGAUGGCUUUUGUAAAGAGAGAAGCAUAGAAGAUGCCUUGAUUAUCUUUCAAGAUAUGCUAGAUAGGAGUAUUGAGCCCAAUGCUACUAUAUAUGCUACAUUAAUUCAUGGAUUAUGUAGCACUGGAAAGUGGGAUGAAGCAAAAAGAUUGUUGACUGACAUGGUUAAAAUUGGAAUUUCUCCAAAUCUGAAUGUUGUAACUCAUAAUAUGGUGAUAGAUAUUUUAUGCAAAGAAGGGAAGAUAGUAAAGGCAUUAGACAUUUGGGAAUUGAUGACUCACAAUGGCUUGAAACCAGAUGUCAUCACCUACAACUCUUUAAUUCGAGGAUUUUGUUUUUCAGGCUUAUGGAAAGAAGCAGCAAGCUUGUUUCACAGAAUGAUGGAUGAAGGAAUUCAUCCCUUUGUAGUAACUUUCAGCUCUUUAAUUGAUGCUUUGUGCAAACAAAAGAGAGUGAAAGAAGCCCUUACAAUGUUGGAGCUAAUGAGUGAAAGAGGUGUAAAAGCUGAUGUUAUCACCUACAGCUCUUUAAUAUAUGGAUUUUGCCUUUCAGGCCAAUGGAAAGAGGCAGCAAGCUUCUUCCACAGACAGAUGGAUGAAGGGAUCCAUCCCAAUGUAGUAACUUUCAACUCUUUAAUUGAUGCUUUGUGCAAACAAAGGAAAGUGAAAGAAGCCCAUAGAAUGUUGGAGCUAAUGAGUGAAAGAGAUGUAAAACCUGAUGUUAUCACUUACAACUCUUUAAUACAUGGAUUUUGUCUGUCAGGCCAAUGGAAAGAGGCAGAAAGCUUGUUCCACAAAAUGACGGAUGAAGGAAUUCAUCCCGAUGUAGUAACUUUCAACUCUUUAAUUGAUGCUUUGUGCAAACAAAAUAGAGUGAAAGAAGCCUUUACAAUGUUGGAACAAAUGAGUGAAAGAGGUGUAAAACCUGAUGUUAUCACUUACAAUUCUUUAAUACAUGGAUUGUGCCGUUCAGGUCAAUGGAAAGAAGCAACAAACUUUUUAAGUGGAAUGGCCUGCCAAGGUAUGUGUCCAGAUAAAAGUACUUUAAACUUUAUGUUGGAUGCUUUUUGUAAACAAGGAAUGAUGGAGGAAGCUGAAGCAGUACUUGAGUUAAUGAAUAAAAAAGACGUAAAGCCUGAUGAGAUUACUUACGGAACAAUGAUUAUUGGAUAUUGUUUGCAAGGUGAAAUGGAUAAGGCAAAGGAUGUCUUUGACCUGAUGAUAGCAAAGGGUUUUUCACCAAGUCUGGGGACUUAUAAAAUGCUGGUCAAUGCAUAUUCAAAGAUAAAAGCGGAAAGAUGA